AUGUUUGUGAAAGUUCACCAGCGUCAUCAGUAUGAAGUCAAAACAUUUGGCGUCCAGUCGUACCGCAUGAAGCGCGGCGAGGUCCGUUUCUACGGCGACGACGACGCCACAGCGGCGGGCGUCGCGAUGCUGUGGCUGAUGGCGGCGUUGCUGGCCCUGGCGGAGGACGUGUUGUCCGAGGAGGACGGCACGGAGAACCGGCUGGAGCCGCGCCGACGCGUCCUCGGACACCGCACCGCCCCCUCGUGGCCAGAAGCCUACGAAACACGGACACCGCUACAGGACGCGGAGGCCGCGCGGAGCCGGUGGCGCCGCUCCCCCCGCGACGCGAAACCGCCGACCUCCCGCAGGAAGCCGAAGAGGUCCGAGGGCGGCGCGUCGUGCCGCGUGGAGAAACGCCGGACGCGCGUCCGCGAGCUGGGUGGCCUGGGCUACGACUCGGACGAGAUAGUCCUGUUCAAGUACUGCGCGGGCUCGUGCCGCGCCGCCCGCAGGAACUACGACCUGGCGCCGGGCGCUCUGGUGGCGCGGGCGGGCGUCUCGGCCACGUGGCAGACCGCGCGUUGGCUCCCGGCCGCCGACUGCGGCUGCGUGGGCCGACCCGUCGCUUCGACGGUGUCUUGA